UUCCGGAAAUCUUGAAAAUAUGAGUCAGUUCGUGGGAAAACAGGUGUGAACGUGAAAGAGCGAUACUGCGUGGCCCCGUCACGGCCAGAUGCCUGUAAAAGUCAAUACAAGAAAAAUCCAGUAAAGCGAGAUCUCGCUCGCUCUCUCCGGCUCUGCCUCCGAUGUGUGUGCGUGUGCGUCGAGGCAUACUAGUGCGUUCACCGACGUCGUUAUUAAUAACCGGCGCUGGUAACGCGCAGUGGUUGGCUCUCCUACGCCUAGUACUUGACUUCUGUCCUGUCGCUCGAGUACCAACGGGAUGGGAACAAUCAAGUCAAUAACGUAUGUCGCGACCGACGGUACGUCUCGAUUCCAUCCCGUGCUUCGAUGACUGAGUGCUCGUGAAAAGCGCGAUAACGCGCGGACAGAUGACAGAUAACCGUCGUGCCAUCGCCGUCGUCUUUCGUGUCGUAAUGUGACACAUCACAAGCUAGAGUACUAUUCGCUUCAAAGUGAAAAUGGCAGCUAUUUGUUCGGGACGUCUUGGUUGGCUGGGGAAGAUCGUGAUAGCAUUGCUGGUCACAUGGCUGAUUGCGCUGAUCAUAUCCAUCUCCCACAUAUUCAAAUCAAACAUCUCGUCCAGCCAAGAUGCUAAUACUGCCAACAAGGUGAACACGCAGCGCCUAGCCAAGAUGGUCAAUGACUUUGAAAUUCUAAAGAAACAAAACGACGCCCUGAAGAACUUUAUAUUGGGAGAAGGCUCGAAAGCUAUGCAGGGCGAUCAUCUGGGCUCCAUACAGGACAGACUGGAGAAAGCGUCGGCUUACUAUGACCUGGCGGAGCAGCCGGACAGACCAAAACACGGGGUACCUUCUCUAGAAUACGAGGAACUGCGACGACGAUUGAGAAAUGAUAUCCAGGAGAUGUGGUAUUACAUCGGAGCAGAACUGAACAAAUUCAAAAAGCACGUGGACGACUUCACGCAUGAUCAGAAAGAGAAAGAAAAGGAUAUACAGGAUGUGACGAAAAAUAUAUGGGAGCACAAAAAGUCGCUCAUAAUGAAUGUCGACAGACUGACGAAGGCAGAUGGUUAUAACGAAUGGCGAGAGAAAGAGGCGAGAGAUUUGUCUGAUCUUGUUCAGAGAAGAUUUAGAUAUCUGCAAAAUCCUGCCGAUUGUAAUAAAGCGAAAAAGUUGGUAUGUAGCCUAAACAAAGGAUGUGGGUUCGGCUGUCAGCUCCAUCACAUCACGUACUGUUUCAUGGUGGCUUACGGUACGGAGAGGACGUUGAUAAUCAAGUCGAGGGGCUGGAGGUACCACAAGGACGGCUGGGAGUCCGUGUUCAAGCCGCUCAGCGACACUUGCAUGUCUACAAGCGGUGUUUCACAUUCCAACUGGCCUGGCGACCCCACGAAACAAGUGAUAUCCUUGCCGAUUGUGGACAACGUGUAUCCUAAACCGAAGUACCAGGCGCCCAGCGUGCCCGCGGACCUGGCAGCCAGAUUAGAGAAGAUUCACGGCCACCCGUUGGUCUGGUGGGUUGGCCAAGUGUUGAAAUACCUGAUGCGACCUCAGGAUCACGUGAGGAGGACACUGGACAAGGCGAAGGAAAGACUCGGCUUCAAGAAGCCCAUCGUCGGCGUGCACGUGCGCAGAACCGACAAGGUGGGCACCGAGGCAGCUUACCAUGACAUAGAUGAAUACAUGACAAAGGUGGAGCAGUAUUUUGACGAACUUGAGACUAAGCCGGACGUGAGAAGAGUCUUCAUAGCGAGCGACGAUCCGAAGGUGAUCACAACAGCCAGGAAGAAUUACCCGAAUUACGAGAUAAUAGGCGACCCGGAGAUCGCCGAGACCGCGUCCGUGGCGAAGCGGUAUUCGGACAGCUCGCUGCAGGGGAUCAUAAUCGACAUACACUUGCUGUCGGAGUGCGAUUACCUGGUGUGCACCUUCAGCUCGCAGGUGUGCCGCGUCGCGUACGAACUGAUGCAGACCUUCUACGCGGACGCGUAUAACAAGUUCACGUCCCUCGAUGACAUAUAUUAUUACGGCGGGCAGAAUCCGCAUCCCCACGUGGCCAUCAUGGAUCACAAGCCGCGGAAGAACGGCGAGCUCGAGCUGAAGGCCGGGGAUCUGAUCGAGGUGUACGGCAAUCACUGGGACGGUUUCUCCAAAGGGUACAACAGCAGGACCAGCAUGACAGGACUGUUUCCUAGCUUUAAGGUGAAGAAUCGCGUAGCCGUCGUAGACUUCCCCAAGUACCCGGGCGUACCGCUGCUGGAGAACAAAGCCGAGUAGAAGCCGACCGGUCACCGCGCAUGCGGACACUUGUAUGUUCCGGAGAUCGUAUUCCAGAGGCACCAAUGAGAGAACGGCUCGAUGUAUUUUGCUAUACCUGUAUAAAACUACGACUGUCACAACGCGUCUGAAUUCUCACGACU